AAAGACACCACCCAGACUGUCCGGGGCAAGUGCGUGGAAGUGUGCCGCAGUGGACAUCACCUGAUCGGCUUCUCUCCUCUCCUCCUCCCGCACUGCUCUCCAGAAUGCCGCCGCGAGAAGAGAAGUGCAGGCAGGAGGGAAGACUGAACACCCGGAUGCCGGCUCUUUGUUUAUGUGUUGGGAAUGAUAUCUGCGCACUUGCGGGCUCCCGUGACGCGCGUGUGCACGUAGGAUUAUAGUGCCAACCCCCCCCUUUUUUUUUUGUAACGCGACAUGCUUUUUCACCGCAGCCCGCUUGAAUGCAGCAUUGCGUGCAGGCUAAGGUGAACUUUUUGGAGGAGAUGCUGCGGACCCUCAACACCCCCCAGGCCGAACAUUGGGUGCUGCCGAAGUGCGUCACUGCGUGCGAAGCGCUGCAGGUAGGCGAGCCCACUCCCCACGGAGGGAGUGCUCCUCAUCCCCCACACACGAUGUCGCCUCCCGGGGCGAGCAACUAACACGAGCGGUGGGAUGGAUGCAGCGGAGGACCCGAGCAAAGAUCCGCCACUCCUUGGAUCGUCGUUUUGCUCAGUCCCCGACUUGGACUCGGACAUCAACGCCAAUGCCUUCAGGGCCGUCUACGAGAACGGGGCGGACGACAAUGUCCUGCGGGGGGCCAGCGACCCCAGCGCCUAUCCCUCCGCGGACUACCGCGGGCUGCUCCGCCAGCGGUUCAUUCGGCGGAGCCUGUGGGUGUCGGACUCCGACGAGCACGCGGUGGACGCGGCGGAGUGCGCGCACAGCACCCCGGUGCUCAACAUCGACCUGCGCGCCAUCGUCGGCCGGACUCGAACCCGCGCUCUGCAUGCGAGCCGCCGCCAGGAGAAGGCAGCGACCGAGCCGGAGGCGGACGUCAGCGCGGGAUCCGGCCAGGAGGAGGAGAAAGGUGACACCUGCCUAAGCCUGGUCAAGGAAGAGGGCGUGUCCUGUGACGUCACGGGCAAAGCCGGAAGCGAUGAGAACGAAGAGGAGCCCGGGAUGAAAGCCGUGUCCACCUCGCCCGGAGGCCGCUUCCUCAAGUUUGACAUUGAGCUGGGGAGAGGUUCCUUCAAGACCGUCUACAAAGGUCUGGACACCGACACCUGGGUGGAAGUGGCGUGGUGCGAACUCCAGGAGCGUAAACUGUCCAAAGUGGAGAGACAGCGCUUCAAGGAGGAGGCCGAGAUGUUGAAAGGUCUUCAGCAUCCCAACAUUGUUAGGUUUUAUGACUUCUGGGAGUCCCCCCUAAAAGGCAAGAAGUGCAUUGUCCUGGUGACAGAGUUGAUGACCUCAGGGACUCUUAAAACCUAUUUGAAGCGCUUCAAGGUGAUGAAGCCUAAGGUUCUUAGGAGCUGGUGCAGACAGAUCUUGAAAGGCCUCCACUUCCUCCACACCAGGACGCCGCCGAUCAUCCACCGAGACCUCAAGUGUGACAACAUCUUCAUCACGGGGCCAACAGGCUCUGUCAAAAUAGGAGACCUGGGCUUGGCAACGCUGAAGAGGUCUUCCUUCGCUAAAAGUGUUAUCGGUACACCAGAGUUCAUGGCACCAGAGAUGUACGAGGAGCACUACGACGAGUCCGUGGAUGUCUACGCUUUUGGCAUGUGCAUGCUGGAGAUGGCCACGUCAGAAUAUCCCUACUCUGAGUGCCAGAACGCCGCUCAAAUCUACCGCAAAGUCACCAGUGGCGUGAAACCUGCCAGCUACAGCAAAGUAAGCGACCCGGAAAUUAAGGAGAUUAUCGGCGAGUGCAUCUGUCACAGAUGCGAGGAAAGGUACUCCAUCAAGGACCUCCUGAACCACGCCUUCUUCGCAGAGGACACUGGUGUGAGGGUGGAGCUCAACGAAGAAGAUGAUGGCAAGAAGUCCUCCAUCGCUUUAAAGCUGUGGGUGGAGGAUCCUAAAAAGCUGAAAGGGAAGUACAAGGACACGGGCGCCAUUGAGUUCACGUUCAACCUGGUGAACGAGGUGCCAGAAGUUGUGGCGCAGGAGAUGGUGGAGUCCGGCUUCUUCCUGGAUUGCGACGUCAAGAUUGUUGGCAAGUCGAUCAGGGACCGCGUGGCUCUGAUCAAAUGGAGGCGGGAGCGCACCGCCUCAUCGGGAAACGGCGAGGCGUCUGCGAAGAAGACGCAGCAGAACCUCCUUCAGGUGCCCGGUACUUCUCGACCGCAGGGGACAACGUUAGCCACCACUGACUAUGAAGACCAGGAGACGGAGCAGCAGCUUUUGAUUUGCAGUGUCCCAGUCACAUUGUCCACCACAUCGGACAGCGGAGCGAGUUCCACCGUGCAGUCGGACAAUCUCAGCAAACAGCAAAAUGGCUGCUACCAGUCCCUGCCUGAGCUGGCAUGCCCGGCGGCACAGGCGGUCUACAGUCCUCCUGAGCCUUUAGCGCAGCAAGGACCCCACCAGCAAGCCCUGGCACAGGCCUCGCGUGAGCAGUACACGCAAGACGCCACGCAUCAGCAAACCACAGGUCAGCUGCAUCCUGCGGCUUAUCAACAACCUGCUGCACAACCGCACCUGGGUUUGGACGAGUCUCAAACAAUGGUUUCUGCUCCGUCCACGCCGGCCCCUGCUGCACACAAGAGUAGAAAGACAGCACAAAGCUUCACAACUGCAACGCCCAUUGUACAGACGCAGCUCACUGCCCAUAUCGGCCAGGACCAGCGAUUACCUGCUGACCAGCCUGCAGCUCACCUGAGUCCUCCUGAUUUAUCUGCUGGGUUACCGCAGUGUGGCACCAGUGCACCUCCUCCUGUACUGCCCCUGCACAUCAGCACACAGUUUCCCUCAUCAUAUUGUGUUCAAGCAGGGGGCAUCAGGCCCCCUCCGUUCUCCCUGGCUCCUUUAGGUAGCCCUUACUACUCCCCUUCACCUCAUCACCACGCCAUCAUCCUGACUCCUCAUUCUGCCUCCAUUAGCACACUUCAGACCCCCCGGUCCACACCUCCGCCAGUUCUCCCCGUCCCACGUCUUGCCAUGACCAUGUCCUUUGCAGUGCCCCCGCAGCACAGUAGCACAGCUGCAAACACUCGUAGCUUCCAUUCCACACGUGCCUUACCUCUUUCCCAGGUACAAACCAUCCCAUACUCUGUCCCCCACUCUGACCAACAACUGGCUGAACAGCCUGUCCAGGUGCAGACUGCAGCUCCACAGGGGAAUUUAGGACACAAUCAACUAUUGGCCCCACUUCCACCUGUCCUUUCUACUCUUCAGAUGCCUCCCUGGGGAACUGGAGCAGAAUUAGAAACUCCUGCCGCCAGCACAGACUUAGGUGUAGCCCCUCCAUUUCACGCCUCGGCAGCGCUUUCAGCUCCAGAGGAGGUGGAAACUCAAACUCCAGCGUUAAUCCAGGCAAAAAGUCAAGCGCCAGGAGGCCAAGUGUUUACUCAAUUAGCAACUGCCAUAGCAGUCGACGCAGCGAUUUCCGCAUCACCAAAAGUCUUGUCUACUAUCACAGUUCAUGAUUCUUUUACUCGAGGACAAACCCAAAUCUCUGGACCGGGUUCGGUCGUGUUGCCAGCUCAGCAUGCUGCUCCUGUUUCUGUUCCGGCUCCGGCGCCAGCAGUCUCAAUGACAUCUGAAUGUGUGAACCAGCAGGCAACUUGGCAAAAUAAGGACGCGUCAUCAAGUUCUUGCAUUUUACAGCAAGAUCCCUGCACAGAGGAAGUGUUUCUGGACAAACCAAUAUCAUUGCCAAGCAAUGCCUAUGACAGCCCCUUUUCUGAUGUGGCAUCCGGCAAGGAAGCAAGUGACAGCUACGACAGCUUGGCCAGCGGAGGCAAAGGGGAAGGAAAACAUCGGAAGCACCAUCGGAAGUCAGCACGCACGCGCUCUCGGCAGGAAAAGACCAGCAAACCCAAACUGAGCAUGCUUAAUGUGUGCAAAACAGGUGACAAGAUGGUCGAAUGUCAGCUAGAGACUCAUAAUCACAAAAUGGUGACGUUUAAAUUCGAUCUAGACGGAGAUGCUCCUGAGGAAAUUGCCACAUACAUGGUGGAGAACGGCUUCAUCCUUCCGUUAGAGAAAGAAAUCUUUAUUGACCAGCUGAAGGACAUCGUGGAUAAAGCGGAAGACGUGUUAAAUGACGACACAGAGGGCGAGAAGGUGCCCACUCUAAGUUGUAGUCCCCAAAUAGGCAAGAAUUCUGAUGGACACGUGGAAGAGACAACACAGUCCGGAGCAUCCCAGCCUGUUUACCAACAGAAUGUUCUUCACACGGGAAAAAGAUGGUUCAUAAUCUGCCCUGUGGAGGAGACCCCCCUAUCCAGUCAGGAAACCCCAUCUGAGGGCACAGCUUCGCAGUCCCCCGGGAGUUCCGCCAACACACAGCCCGCUGGAACUGCUCGGCCUUCUACAUCACGAGCUGAAGAGGGUUCUUCCUCCACAAUGUCUGGUGGGAGUGGAGGUUUCCUCCAUGAUGUGUACGGAUUCUGUAGUCCCCCGAUUACGUCCAACACGGACCCUCUCCUCUUGGCCACGCUGUCUCCUCCUGUGUCUGCUCCCCCAGCGCUUCAGUCGGUGCCAUCAAUGGAAGCCAUCGUCAGCGUGUAUCAAGCCCAGCCACCCAGAGCUCAGACUUUGCCUCCAUCUUCUCCACAUAGCUCUUUUCGAAUGGACGACCCGCCCGGAUCCCCCGUGGGCGCCGCCUCCCCCGUCCACUCGGCUUUGCACGCGGCAGACAUCGCCUGUCCUGUUUCCCUGGCGGACGAAGUGCCCUGCUGUCCUCUGGUCAUGCCCCUGUCUCUGGAUGUGAACAUUUCGCCGAGCGGGUCUCCCCUCUCUCCUCUCCCGCCGCAAGAGCCAGGCUCUGCCAAAGAGUCGCUGUCUCUCUCGUACGCGACGGCAGCGCGAAGCGAGCGCCCGCAGCAGCCGGUGGUACUCCACCAGCCUUUUUCCAGCGUGGGAGGGGCCAAGGUGUCCUCACUGCCCCAGAGCCCGGCGCCAACGCAGCAUAGCGGAGGACCCGGCGAGUCGGACGGUGAGGGACGUCCGGCCCGCGGAAGCUUUGUGGACAGCACCAUAAAAACCCUGGACGAAAAACUUAGGAACUUGCUGUACCAGGAAUACGCUCCCAUGUAUCCAUCAGGUAGCGCUGCUGAGACGCCAGGUUCUUGUACCGAGUACAUCCAGUCUCCUCCAGGUCCUGACAGCGCUACUGGGGGGUCAGGAAACAGCACGCCAGGUCCUUUGGAGGAGGGUCGCUUUAGAGCAGGAGAACAACUGCCACAAAUUCCAGAGAGAAUGGAUAGUUUGAGCACUCUAAGUGACUCUGCUGUGUGCGCUUCGCAUUCAAAAAGACACGUCCCUCAUUCUGUCUCCUGUUCUGGGGCAAGAGGCCGGUUUAAGAUCAUCUCGGCUCCUCCUGACGUGGCCAACAAGCGAGACGUGAAGCAGAGGAGCUGGAGCAGCGUCGCCUCGCCAGCGCACCCUGCAGGUUUUAGUAGUCCUACUGAGGCCAUGACUUUCUCCACCACCAUCGGGCGUUUCUCCGUGGUCAGCACCGAGGACGACCUCACGCAGAGAACACGCUGCAGCCGCUACUCCGCCCCUCCUGACUUCUUCCUGGACACGCCUCCCGCUGUGGCAAAUCAGAACACCUUGUCUCACCCCGUCGCCUCGGCGUCCGUGCCUGUGGACAUCACAGUUCACGCUCGCUCCCUCUCCUCCGACUCAGGGGCGGAGAGCAGCCCGGCUAAGGCGGCCCUGCCCACCCCGAGUCAACGCGCUCGCUCCGAGCGAAGAGGAAGCGACCUGAUGAAGAGGGCGGUGGCCUUCCUCAGACGUUCAGGGCGCAGCAGCAGCGUGCAGAGUUCCGAUUCUCCAAGCAGGCGUGGAGGCUUGCCUGGUUCUGCCUACGCCAGCAGCGAUAAUGACUCCGAGAUGGAGGACUCCGACAUAAAGAGAGAACUUCAGAGACUGAGGGAGAAACAUCUAAGAGAGAUCUCGGAGCUUCAGGCCCACCAGCGAGGAGAAGUGGAGCUGCUGUAUUGCCGGCUGGGGAAAGCCCCCCCAUCAGGGCUGACGUACUCGCACGUAGCGCCGCCUGUCGGCCGCAGAAAAAGGUCUGGCAGGCACCGGCUAAAACCCGGCAAACUGCUCAGCCCUCUUGUGCAGCAGUUUCGACACGUCACCAAUAAAAGCGCAGACUGCGGUAGAACCGCCGCUCCAGGAGGUGGUGAGCCAGCUGUGAGCUUAAACGGAUCUCCGGCCAGGGGGUCCAUCGCCACUCAGGGCGGGGCCCGCUCUUGCACCGGCCACUUACCCAGCUCCGCCUCGGAACCCGUGCAAACUCAGCAGCCCUGCUCCCUCAAGGGCUCCUUGUCCACGGAUAACAUUUACGCGGGACUGUAUGGAGAUGGCACCAGUGCACAAGCGCCUCUAGGACAAGGCUGGUCUAAUCACCCUCAACCGUCUGAGAGAAUGACCUAUAAAUCCAGUAGCAAGCCCCGAGCUAGAUUUCUCAGUGGGCCUGUGCCUUUAUCUAUCUGGACCACGCUGAAGCGACUGUGUCUUGGCAAAGAGCGCGGCAACAGGUUCGCCGCCAAUUCAGGGGCUGGUAAUCCGUCGCAGCAGCCGCCCACCGGGGCCACACCGUCUCCUCAUCCGCCAGUGAUGGGACUGGCGCAGGCUCAGGCCAAUAACAGCAACAACAAGACAGGAAGCUACGCCGGCUCAUCAAUGAGUGCCGCCGACAUCAACCUGCCUGAAGAUCUGCAAAGACUGAUGGAGCACUGGGCCCAGGAGGUUCUCAUUGUCUCCCACAGGCCGCGCACUAAUUCCCUGCACAUUGGUGGGCAGCAGCUUCUGGAUCAGAUGCUUCCCAAAACUCGUGAAGAACUUGCUAGUACUUCAGAGGUGUUUUCGUGGAUGAUCCCAGGUGUGGAAAGCAGCCACCUUCCACCGUCAUGGCCUGAAAACCUCGCCAUGAUCAACACAGGCCCAGGCAGCGCUUGUCAGCUCCUCUCGCCCGCUCAUCUCUGCCUGGGUCAAUCACCCCGAGCGCCCCUCGCCCUUCCUUCUGGAAUCUCUGCCUUUCCUGGUACGCCCCCGGCCUCGGAUGCUCCCUCAGAGGUGGACCCCAAAGCAAGAACUCUCUAAUCCCACGUCGCAGCGUCUUCCCAGUCGUACCAAAAAAACCCAAGUUGUAGUCCAUGUGCAAAUACUGUACAUAGUGUAUUUAAGCAUACCUCAUGUUCAUGUGCAGUGCAAUGGCAGUUAUCAAAAUGCUGAUUCGGGUCAUUGUUGGAGUGACUUGACUUCAUUUAUGUUGCUCUUGUAUAUAAGAAGUCAUCUGUACAUAAGUUGUGUGUUUGUACAGUAGAUGCUGCUGCAGCUUGGUGUCUGAGUGCAACACCUGAGCAGUCGGCAUCGUGGCGACACUGUGAACGACCUGCUAGCGGUUCUUAUUAUAUACCCUAUAUCAUAUUUAGAUAAAUAUAUAUUUUUAUUUUUAUUAGGUUUUUUUUUUCCAUUGAUAAUGAAAUGCUUCCAGCACAGGAAUAUUUUUCAGAGAUUUGAAUGGACUUUAUUUUCAGGUGAAAACCAUCUGUGAGUGUGCCUUGCAUUGCAGUUUCUGAAGGUUCAAAGGAAGUCAUUAACGAUGUAAAUAUCCUUCAAUUAUGCAUACUCCGCAUUUCAAUAGGUUACAAACGGACUGUUCAGGUUGUUUUGGAAGAUAGUUUGACCUCAUCCGAAAGGUUUCACCAGUUAAUGCUCUUGCCUAGAUAGGAUAGCUCUAUCCUGGGAAUUUGUCAUAUAUUCUCAUGACGAGAUAGGACAGCAUGAACUAAUCAGGCCUAAUAAUAACUACAAUAAAAUGUGUUCAUUCGCGCGACUAGAUAGGACAGGUCUAGCCGAAGGGGUUAGUCCAGGCCUGGGCAAUUAUUUAGACUCAGAGGCCACAUUUAGAGAAAAAAAAUGUGUCUGGGGGCCGGUAUAUCUAUUUUUAGGAACACUAAUACAAAACCUCACAAUAAUGUCUGAUUGAAUGCUAAAAACUGAAUGGAAUUUUUACAUUUUUCUAUGAACGAUAAAACACUGAAUAUUGACAAAAUAUUAAUGUCACACCCCCUUUCGAUCGACAUAUUUUACAAUCAAGUGAAACACAACAAAAAUGCAACAAACUGUGAAAUAUGAACGCUAAAGGGUACACAAUACACCCACCUACAAUCUGAUAUUUGCUGAAUUUUCCCCAGAGAUCAAUAAAGUACUUUCUAUUCUAUUCUAUAUAUCACUCAGCUUUAGAACUUUGUUGUGAAAAUCUCCUUCCGCGUCUGUGGAAACGCUUCCUGCCCACACUGCUUGGUACCUCGUCUGAGCUGCUGUGACGUAGAUUACCAUAGUAACUAAUUAGAUUUCCAUAGUAACUAAUUAGAUGACCAUAGCAACUAGUAUAUCGUCCAUAAGCACAGAUUCCAACCAUUGAAAUACUUUGUAUAGUUUAAGGCUUACGGUCAUUUGAAAACAUCGCUGCACAUCAUAAUGGCAGCUAUAGUUUCCAUCUUAAAGAUCUAAAAAAAUUUUGGGGGAAUGUCCGGUAGGCCAGAUUGAAAAGCUCAACAGGCCGCAUGUGGCCCCCGGGCCUUACUUUGCCCAGGUCUGGGUUAGCCUAUCUUGUCGUGAGGAUGAAUUGAUUUUCGUUUUUAAGCUGCAUUUGUUCACGCCGUCCGAUCUGAUCAUUAACAUACAUUGACGGAGCCUAACAGAUUAAAAAUAAAUAAGUUCAUGCUCCUGACUAAAUAGGACAGCUCUAGCCCGAGAAUUUGACCUAUAUAACCUUAGGUAUGAACGGGCAUAGCCGAUAGUUGUUGUCCUAUCCAGUCAUCAGCAUCAACUGAUUAUGGUUAAAAAUAUAUUUAUGCUCAAGACUAGAUAGGACAGCUUUAACCCGAGCAGUUGUCAUGUAUUCUUAUGACUGGAUAGGACACCCUGAACAAAGUGAGUCUAAAAAUUAAUACAAUCAAAUCAAUAUAUGCUCAUGACUAGAUAACAAAGCUUUAGUCUAAGGGGUUGUCAUUUAUUCUCAUGACAAGAUAGGAUAACUUUCGUCUGAGGGGUUGUCAUUUAUUCUUAUGACUAAUUCAGACAGUAUGAAUGAAGUGAGCCUAAAAAUAAAUAUUUUAAAUCAAUGUUUGCUCAUGGCUAGAUAAGACAGCUCUAGUCUGAGGGGUUUCCAUUUAUUCUUAGGGGCCUUUGAAUAAAUGAAAAUGUAGUCAAUAUUUGCUCGUGACUAGAUAGGACAGUUCUAACAUGAGGGCUUUUCAUGUAUUAUCAUGACUAGAUAGGACAGUGGUAGUUUAAGGGAUUGUCGUUUAUUAUCGUGUUGGUCUAGACUCUAAGAGGUUGUCAUUUACGGUCAUGACUAGGUAGGACAACAUAAACAGAGGAAGUUUAAAAAUGAAUAAAGCAAGAUAGGACAGUGUUA